GUCCUAGCAAGAUGGCGGCCCCCUUGGAGCUCAGUUGCUGGGGAGGCGGCUGGGGGCUCCCAUCGGUACACAGCGAGUCCCUAGUGGUGAUGGCUUAUGCCAAAUUUUCUGGUGCACCCUUAAAAGUCAAUGUAAUAGAUAAGACCUGGAGAGGUUCAAGAGGAGAUGUACCAAUUUUGACAUAUGAAGAUAACAUUGUUUGUCAGCCGGCAAAAAUACUAAACUUUUUAAGAAAACAGAAAUAUAAUGCUGAUUAUGAACUCUCAGCAAAACAAGGGGCAGAUACACUGGCUUACAUUGCUCUUCUUGAAGAGAAACUUCUUCCAGCAAUGCUUCACACAUUUUGGGUUGAGAAUGACAAUUACUUUAGUGUGACAAAGCCAUGGUUUGCUUCACGCAUUCCUUUUCCCUUGAGUUUAAUCCUGCCUGGAAGAAUGUCUAAGGGAGCACUGAACAGGAUUCUCCUGACCAGAGGACAGCCUCCCCUCUACCACCUUCGAGAAGUAGAAGCACAGAUAUACAGAGAUGCCAAGGAGUGCCUAAAUCUUCUGUCAAAUAGAUUGGGAACAUCUCAGUUUUUCUUUGGGGAUAUGCCUUCUACUUUGGAUGCCUAUGUUUUUGGUUUUCUUGCACCUCUUUAUAAAGUACACUUUCCCAAAGUUCAAUUACAAGAACAUUUGAAACAGCUCUCCAACCUGUGUCGCUUUUGUGAUGACAUCCUAAGCAGUUAUUUUAGACAUAGUCUUGGAGGCAUCUCUCCUGCUGGACAAGAGACAGUAGAUGCAAAUCUGCAGAAACUCACACAACUCGUAAAUAAGGAAUCCAACUUGAUUGAAAAGAUGGAUGAUAAUCUUCGUCAAAGCCCUCAACUUCCUCCUCGGAAACUGCCAACACUUAAACUGACUCCCGCAGAAGAAGAAAGUAAUUCCUUACAACGACUAUCACCCUGACAUGCUCUGUGUCCAAAGUCAUGUGGUUAUUGCAUCAGUCUCUUACACUAAGUAUUAUGGAGGCAGACGAAAAUGCAAUUAAGAGGUAUAAGGAAGACUUGAAAACAAAAGAAACUUUCUACAAUCUUUAUUUUUUUUUUUAGGAAACUUGUAUUUUAGCUUGGCAAUGCACUUUAAAUAACAUCAAAUUGAAUGCUAAAUGAAUUUGGAGAAAAAUGAAAACACUGUACUGUAUAUAUAUAUAUAUCUAUAUAUAAAAAAAACCCUGCCUUAAUCUUGGCAGAUUUUGCCUUUAGUUCACAUGUUGCUGACCAAAACUAUAAUUCUGUUCUGAAUGUGCUCUCUUAAUUUAUUCAUGUUGAUGUAUUAAUUUCAUUUUCUUAGGUCAGUAUUAAUAUCUAAUAUUUGGCUCUUUGGCUGAGGCUUCUUCAGUUUAAAAAUCUGACACCUAUUUUACACCUUAGAAUUAUUAUAAAUUCAGUAGAAAAGCUGGUGUUUAACUAUAAAAAGCAGAGAGGAAUGUGCUUUUUAAUUAUGCUGUCAUAAAUCUAACCUUAAAGGGUUUAGUGCCAUAUAUAAAGGUGUCAUAUUAAUCUGAUUAUAUGCACUUCAAUGUAAUGUUAAUAUUUGCUGAUGUGUUCAAUAUAGUUAGCAAGGGCUCUUUUAGUUUAUUGAAUAUGGCAGCUUUAGACCUCUGUAUGUAUAGUACAACUUUAACUUUAGUCGUAUUUUUCUUGGACUGAUUUCAGGAGAAAUGAAUGUAUUGGUCAUAACCAUUUUAUUAGGCUGUAAAGUCUUACUGAGCCUUGGCCAGUGUUAGCUAACUCAGGCGGAGCCCCACUACCAGAGUAACAGAAGAACCACUGUGUGUCUGGUCCGAGUUCAUCAUGCUUAGCUCAGACCGGUGUUUAUUCUUAGGAAGGGCCAUCAUGUAGUCAAAAAUUUUAUGGCAACUAAUAAUCUUCUAUAUGGUUUACAGUGAGAAGGACUCAAAGGAAUAAUCAGAAAUAGCAGGUAUUAAAGACUAAUUUCUAAUAGUUGUUGAACUGUGAAAGGAUUUUCUGUGUAGAUAAUUUUACUUAUUAUACAAUAGAAUCUUGCUUGUAUUAGUGGCUGAGGUGCUCCUGUCAUCCUAAAACAACUUUUGGGGGUUUUAAAAUACAGGACUCAUGUUUUUGAUUAGUGUCUUAAUAGAUUACUAUGGUGCUCAGCAAAUUUCAUUAUGUCCUACAGAAACCCCAUGUUAAGGAAUACUUGUCCUAUUUAAAUUGAGUGGAGCUUAGCUGUCCUGUACUUGUCCUGUAUUUGGGUAGCUUUAUACAGGAAAUCUUAAGUCAUUCGAAGCAUUUUUUUUUCUUGAAGGUUUUAAUUAAAUGAGAAAAAAGGUAGUCUUCAAUAUCAUGGUGUGUUCAUGAGUUGGGAUGUAUUUAGUAGGGAACAUUCCUAAUAAGUUUCAUAUUACUUCAACAAAUGGUGGGUAAAGAGAGCUCAUUUUGCAUUAAUCUUUAAAAGUAGGCUAUUAGAUGUCAGCAAUCUGAAAUCUGUGACUAUUUUCAUUGAAAAUCAUGACCAUAGACUUUGUUUUCUAGAAUUGAUAUUGCAGAAGGAUGGCUAACACAUUUGUCAUACAUGUUUGUCUUAGUCAGGAUUAGUCAUUUUCAAUUAUGAUUUUUUAUAAACCUUCCAAAAAGCAAAGAAAUCGCUUACAGUUGUAAAACAGGACACUUAAAAUUAGUUCUGGGGGGGAAAAAUUGUAGGAGAAGGAACUAUAUCACCCCUAACAGAGUGUAUAAUCAAAGGGUAACUAUGACUGCAUGUUUCUUCUUAGGAAGAGUCAAAAGUUUAAAGUUAAUAUAUAUGUUUUCCGCCAGUAAAAUUACUAGUACCGAUAAGUAAGAAAGAAUUAGGAAAAUUACAUUCUUAGGACACACAGACAUAAGCCACUAAGUUAUUAUAAUGUUUCAGGUGUUGAAUCAAUCACAAAUAUUUGUCCUUUUUAGUAGAGAAGACAACAAUGAAUAUAAGUUGCUUUUUGAUCACUCCUGCUUUGAGUUCCCUUUAGUUUUACACUAUGUAGGUCAUGAUAUUUUCAGACUACCUUUUCCUAAGAUGCAAAAUGUGAUUUAGAUGAGUGAGAAUUUACAUAUUGGGAUACUUAGUUGAGCUUUUUUGAUACGUGCCAAUAAGAUGCUAGGAAGCAAUAACAGCACAGACUCCUUUAGGGACCAGGGGACCAACCACAUAUAUCAGAACCCUUGGGAAAGAGCAACUCUGCAGAUUGGGCAAAGACCUAUGAUCAGCUUGUUAGGGAAGUUUGGGCUAAAGCUUGAGUUUACUGAGUAUGAUAAAUGGUCCAUAAUCUUGAAGUGCCAUGUGCCACUUGGAGCUGAUGGUGGAGGAUAAUAUGAUAAAAGGGAGUAUGUGUUUAUAAUUGUUUAUAGUAUAGGACUAGAAAAUUGAUCAGAUAAUCCCUGUAAAAGAUCUGCAUCAUCAGCCAUUCAUAAGAGUAGACAGACACUUUUAUGUUUGGCAAUGCCAGCACUACAAAAUGCUGGCAUUGACAAACAAAUUUCAACUUAAAUAUGUCUGUAUUAUUUUUUGAGUAUUAGAGAUUUUACAUUAAGUCCAAAGCAUAUUGAUUUCCAUUUGUAAUUUCUGUUCAUUUAAAAUAUUGCUAGAUAUAGUAACAUGAAGGAAUGGGAAAACUUAUUUCAAUCAGCUAAAUUACUUUCAGAAGUCUGCAAAAAUGGAAACAACUUAGUCAUCAAAAGGAAUUAGUAAUAAUGAUAUCUUAGAAUAGCAAUUGUUCAGGUGGGCAGUAUGUUUUUUGAAAGCCUAGUCCAGGGAUAUAUAUUUAGAUUUCUUUUACUGUUUUCCUAAACCAAAAAUGUUAACCCUUUAAAACCAAACUUUGAAUGCUUAAUGUAAAGACAGGAAGUUCACUGAUGGUGCAUAGGAUAUCUUUGUACUACUUUUGCUACUUCCGUGGGUUUAUGAUUGUUUUAAAAGUGAAUUUAAUAAAGUAAAUGUAUCAUUUUUUAAAUUAGAUUAGAAUUUAAAAUGUAACACUCCAAAGAUAGUAUUUAGUGCCAGAUGAAUACAUACAUAAGAAAAAUAUAAUUUGCUUCCUUUUUGAAUUUAAAGAAAAACGCUCAUGUUUAUGAUGCAUGAUAAUCUAAAGACCUAUUUUGUCUUACCCCAAAAGAACUAUUUACCACCAAGAAUCCUUUUCCCUAGAAUAUCAGACAAGAUCAUAGACUCCUCUAGGAUAUCAAAAAUUCUUAUCACUCAGAAAUUUGCUAUUAGAUGAAAUAAAGGUUGAAAGUCCAAUUAUUCUCAAAGGUUUCAUUAGAUGUUUUAAAUGGUGAUUUUUUUCAUGGGAAUGUAAAGAUGAAGUUAAAACAAAACAAAUUAGUUUCUUUAAAAACAUCAGAAAGUAAGUUUUUUUUGUAACCUCAUUCAGAUUUUUUUGACAUUAUACUAUAAGAUUUUAAAAAACAUCUUUUAGCUCCUAAAGGCAGAAUGUAUCAUUAAAUGAUUAGAAAUUUCCAUGGCCAAAUAAAUUUGGGAAAUGCAUUAGAAACAGUUAAGGUAGGCUUUUCAGAACCAUUGAUACAUUGUGUGUGGUUUCAGUUUCCAGGGAGGGUCUGUAUUUUAUAAACCAUUUCCUUGGUUUAUUUUAAUGUGUGUGUGUGUGUGUUUAAAAAUAGGUGUCCUGUGGAAAUUGUGUUCUGAGAAAUACGUAUAGAGAAUGCUGCCUGAGAGUGUUUUUACUUGUUGUGCUCAUUGCAAAGGUUUGUUAUUGAUGAAUUCCUUUUUAGUGGGUGGUGAUAAGUGGGAACUCAGGUGAGGACCUCCCUAGACCAUGGAGUUGAGAGAAGCGUGGCUAUAAUUUUAGGACUGGAUUCUAAGACAUGUGCGGUCCCUGGUCUGCCUAGCCCCUUUCCCUUAAAUAAGAGUUGGCCGAAAAUAGCUGUAUAAUAUGAGCUAGUGUUUUUAGAAAACUAAUCAGUUCCACGAGAAAAAGGGAACCAAUUUGUAUUCCAGAGCAAUUUCCCCAACCCUUUGGCUUUAAAAUGCCAAAAAGACAGUGGGUAUUUAUAGCAUUAAAAUCACAUAGAAGUUUAUUAUUUUGGGUGGAUGGAUGGAUGGAUGAAUGGAUGGAUGGAUGGAUGGAUGCAGGUGUUUACAGUUGUUGCAGUGACAGCAGAAGUUUAAUAUUUUUUGUUACAUUACUGAAGAUGUGGUCUAAAUAAGGGUUGUUGGUUUGUUUGCAUUUUUUAGGAUGAAGGCUUGCAAUUUGCAUUAGAUCCAGCAGUUUCUAUAUCCUAAAAUAUUUAAGCUUUACUAAACCUCCAAAUUUUCAGAGACCCAAGUAUGUUUGAUUUCAUACAUAAAAUCAGAUCACUAAUCAGGCAUAUGGAUGCUUUUCAUUUGUUUUCCCCAACAUAUACAGUUGCCUGUUGGGAACUCUGCAUUUGAUAUGUGUAUUUGAUAGAAAGUUUGCCUUGCGGUUGGAUUUGUGUGUAACGGUAAGCAUCUAGCCAUGUGAAAAGCAGUUGGAGCUUUGUUCUGAUUCAUUAGUUUUCCUUAUGUAAAUUUAGAGAAAUGCUUUUUUAAUCAUUUAUUUUACAUACCCAAGAUCCUUGAAAAUCAAGAAAAAUGACUUGCUAGAGUUUCAGAGAAUCAUGUACUACAGAGAAGGUUAUGCUGACCACUUGUUUUUUGGACCAAUGACUAAUUUUCCUUGUACUUCUGAUGUCUUUAUCUUGUGGAGAAGGUGGGGUGUACUCAAGCUUUUACAUUAAAUACACAAGGAAAAGCUUUAUUCCUCAUCUAACGCAAUGUUUUAUUUUGUAAACUAGAAAAGAAUGUCUUUUCCAGUUUUCUGUUCAUCUUAAAAUAACUGGAAUUGUUUCUAAUGUAACUUUAACUUUAUGGAAGAUUGGCAGUAAAGAAGAGAAAUAAUUAAUAUAUGUAUACACAUACUGGUUGUCCCACCAAGCUUAUCUUUGAAUGGUAAACAUUUUAAGCAUCUGUUCUAGUGUACAAAUACUAGGUUUUGUUAUAAAUAAUCUUCAAAAUAAACAGUGUUAGUCAUAAUUUCAAUUAUCUAGCCUUGUUUACUGGAAAUAUAUUUUACCAAGAGACUAUAUAUAGAUACCCAGACGUGAUGUUAAUGAUCACUGUAAAGAAUUUAUUCUGAUAAAUGAGAACCUGGAUAUUAAUCAAAAUAGCUAUUUUCACAAUAAAAUUUCAAAUUGCCUGAA